AAUGUCUACGGUGUUAAUAAUGUCCGGUGUGGUCUGGACAAACAAAGAGUUGUUUCGUGUUUAGAGAUGGACUCUCCUCUCAUAAUGGUAUCUUCCAGUCCGUCUCUCCAAGCCUUCCUUUUCCGACUGAAGUAGCAGCCAUGAGGCUCCAGAAGAGGUUGGCCUCCAGCGUCCUGCGCUGUGGCAAGAAGAAGGUCUGGUUGGACCCCAACGAGACCAAUGAGAUCGCCAACGCCAACUCCCGUCAGCAGAUCCGUAAACUAGUGAAGGAUGGUCUUAUCAUUCGUAAACCUGUUACGGUCCACUCCCGCGCUCGCUGCCGCAAGAACACGCUGGCACGUCGCAAGGGAAGACACAUGGGAACUGGUAAGAGAAAGGGUACAGCCAACGCCCGUAUGCCAGAGAAGUUGUCCUGGAUGCGCCGCAUGCGGAUCCUGCGUCGUCUUCUGCGUCGCUACAGGGAGUCCAAGAAGAUCGACAGGCACAUGUACCACAGCCUCUAUCUGAGGGCCAAGGGUAAUGUGUUCAAGAAUAAGCGCAUCCUUAUGGAACACAUUCACAAGCUGAAGGCAGACAAGGCUCGCAAGAAGCUCCUGUCCGAUCAGGCCGAGGCUCGUCGCUCCAAAACGAAGGAGGCCCGCAAGCGCAGAGAGGAGCGUCUCCAGGCCAAGAAGGAGGAGAUCAUCAAGACCUUGGAGGAGGAGACCAAGAAGUAAUCUGGUUCUGUCCAUCCUGCCUGACCCUGCCACCGGUCAAGCUGACAAUAAAAGUGUACAUAAAGACAC